GGCGGGCGCCUGGCUGCUCCGGGCUCGCCAUCAAUUUUGCCGUUCCGCGUUUCCCACCGCCAACCGCGUCGCACAGUCCGCUGUCCGCUGUCGCAGCGGCCUCCUCUCCUCUCACCAUGCUCGCUGCCCUCGCUCAACGCAUAACACGGCCCGCGGUGGCCGCGGCCAGCCACGGCGCGGCUUCCUGCCUUCCGCCGCAGCCCGCGGCACGUCUGCUGCUCGCCCGGUGCGCGCGCGCAUACUCUUCGCAGGCUUCCUCCGGCAACAAGGGCUGGGACGCGGUCAGCAACCUUGCAAACGAGGUGGGAAAGUCUAUUCAAGGGUCUACGCCUUUGGGGUACCGCGUCUCGCCCGAAGACGCCUGGGCAGCCAUGUCGCGUUCAAUAGUCCCAGAACUCGAGAGACAGAAGCCCGCGGGCAAGUACAAGGGCCGUACUGUUCGAGUGCAGAAUAGGGACCUGUCAGAAGCUUUCCGUCAGCUCCGAGUUAUCCUCUCGCGGAAUAGGGUUCCCCAGACUUUCCACUACCAGAAGCGGCACGAGCGGAAGGGUGACAGGCGUAGGAGAUUGCGGAGCGAGAACUGGCGGAAGGCAUUCAAGAACGAGGUUCGCAAGCGCGUUCUUAUCGUCAAUACUAUUCGCCGCAAGGGUGCUUGAAUACAGCUUAUACUUACCCCCGCUCUUUGCGACCCCUGCAACCCAUUCCUCCGUGUCCCUCA